CCGCCGCUGUCCGUGGUCUCCAAGUCUGCGAGGCCGCCGUGGGCGCCGAGAGCCCGGAGCACUAGCCCGCGCGCCCCAGGGUCUAUGGAGCUGCCCCUCCACGCCACCCGGCCGGCCCCACGCCGCGCCCCGAGCCCACCCCACGUCCAGGGAACUGAGCCCCGCCUGCGACUCCUUCGCGCCUGAAUUCUCGAGUCCCCGCCGAGAUGGCGACCCCCUACCCCAGAAGCAGCGGCCGAGGUGAAGUCAAGUGCGGGGGAGGCCGUGGAGCCAGCAGCGUCCCCUGGGAUUUCCUGCCCGGGCUAAUGGUCAAGGCCCCGCCAGGACCCUGCCUGCAGGCGCAGCGCAAAGAGAAGUCCCGCAACGCGGCGCGCUGGCGGCGCGGGAAGGAAAACCUAGAGUUCUUCGAACUGGCCAAGCUGCUCCCUCUGCCCGGUGCCAUCUCCAGCCAGCUGGACAAAGCGUCCAUCGUGCGCCUCAGUGUCACUUACCUCCGCUUGCGUCGCUUCGCCGCGCUGGGGGCGCCGCCCUGGGGGCUGCGAGCCGUCGGGCCUCCGGCCGGCCUCGCCCCAGGCCGCCGAGGCCCUGUGGCUCUGGUCUCUGAAGUCUUCGAGCAGCACCUUGGCGGACACAUCCUGCAGUCCCUGGAUGGCUUCGUGUUCGCCUUGAACCAGGAAGGAAAAUUUCUCUACAUCUCAGAGACAGUGUCCAUCUACCUGGGUCUCUCACAGGUGGAGCUGACGGGCAGCAGUGUCUUCGACUACAUCCAUCCUGGGGACCACUCCGAGGUGUUGGAGCAACUGGGGCUGCGGUCCGCGACCCACGGACCCCCCACGCCACCCUCCUCUUCCUCCUCCUCGUCUUCCUCCUCGCUGGUGGACACUCCCGAGAUUGAAGCCAGCCCCACAGAGGCAUCCCCCGCCUUCCGGGCCCAGGAGCGUUCCUUCUUCGUCCGCAUGAAGUCCACCCUCACCAAGAGGGGCCUAAAUGUCAAAGCCUCAGGUUACAAGGUCAUUCACGUGACGGGGCGCCUGCGGUCCCGAGCCCUGGGUCUCGUGGCGCUUGGACACACGCUGCCCCCGGCCCCGCUAGCUGAGCUGCCCCUGCACGGACACAUGAUUGUCUUCCGCCUCAGCCUGGGCCUCACCAUCCUAGCUUGUGAGAGCAGAGUUAGCGACCACAUGGACAUGGGACCCUCGGAGCUGGUGGGACGCAGCUGCUACCAGUUUGUCCACGGACAGGAUGCAGCCAGGAUCCGUCAAAGCCAUCUGGAUCUGCUGGACAAAGGUCAGGUGGUGACUGGUUACUACCGUUGGCUGCAGCGUGCGGGGGGCUUCGUGUGGCUGCAGUCCGUGGCCACUGUGGCCGGGAACGGGAAGAGUGCCGGGGAGCAUCACGUGCUGUGGGUCAGUCACGUGCUCAGCCAUGCCGAAGAGGGCCAAACACCCCUGGAUGCCUUCCAGCUUCCAGCCAGUGUGUCUCAUGAGGAUCCAUCCAGCCCAGGGCCAGAGCCCACAGAGGAGGAGCCUCCAGUUGACCCGAAGCAGGCUGCCUCUGUGGACCAGGACAAGGACAAGGACCCUCAGGCCAGAGGCAAAGGCAUCAAAGUGGAGCCUGGCCCGAAGGAAGCGAGAGGCUCAGAGGACAGCGGAGAGGAGGAACUCUCAGAUCCGCCGGCCGCACCUCGGCCGGAAUUCACUUCUGUCAUCCGGGCGGGGGCCCUGAAGCAUGAUCCAGUACUGCCGUGGGGCCUGACAACUCCCGGGGACCCCUCACCUGCUCUUCUCCAUGCAGGCUUCCUGCCACCGGUGGUGCGGGGCCUGUGUACACCGGGAACCAUCCGCUAUGGCCCCGCAGAGCUGAGCCUGAUGUAUCCACAUCUGCACAGGCUGGGCCCAGGUCCCACACUCCCAGAGGCCUUUUACCCUACGCUGGGCCUGCCCUAUCCAGGGCCCACGGGUACUAGGGUUCAGCGGAAGGGAGACUAAGGAGAAGCCGAACCUGGGGCAUAAAUCAAGGCCUGGAGUUGUCCUUGAGAAUUAAACACCACUCCCUGAGAGGUUCCAUCCCCAGGGACCCUGCA